GCUUCUUCUUGGGGCGGAGCUGGUUGGUGUGACCGCACUUCUUCUUGCGGCAGUUGGUGGCACGAGGGGGGAGACGAGCCUGUUGGUGCGGGGGAGGGGUCAUGUCAGCAAACAAGGGUGCGCGCUGGAGAAGGCGAUACACAGCGGGACGGAACGUACGUAGCACUUGCGGCAGAUGGACUUCUCGCAGUUGUACUUGGAGGCGAGGGCCUUGAGGGAGGGCUCGAUGAUACCACCACGCAGACGGAGGACGAGGUGAAGGGUGGACUCCUAUAGAUCCAGCAAGCAGAAGGGUUAGCCAAGAUGAUUUCCUCCACAGGCACACGCAUAUCAGGUCGUUUGUAGUUUCGCAGCACUGGGUUUCUUUCUCAUCCCCGCAUUCGUCAUCUUGUCACACGGCCACUGGCGAUGAUGCGGAAGCAACUAGAUCCCAACAAGCCCGAUACCGGAUCAAGCCCAUCAUCAAGCAAGCACAACCACAGGCGACCAUGUCGGACAAGACCAGCCGAUGCCUUCCAUACCACACGAGUCCCCGAAAGAACCUCAACCCAUCCGAAAGACCCGAAACCCAGGCGAAGCGAAACAAGCGUUUUGGACCGAAGUGCCAGAGAAAUGGAUUCCGGAAAGAGUCGUUCAUACCUUCUGGAUGUUGUAGUCGCUCAGGGUGCGGCCAUCCUCGAGCUGCUUACCAGCGAAGAUAAGACGCUGCUGAUCCGGGGGGAUACCCUCCUUAUCCUGGAUCUUGGUCUUGACGUUGUCGAUGGUGUCGCUCGACUCGACAUCGAGGGUAAUGGUCUUACCCGUGAGGGUCUUGACGAAACUAUAUUAUUCGAAAAAGCAUCACUGGUCAGCGACUGAUUUUGUCCUCUUCUGUUCGUCCCUCAUAUCGUGUUUUGUUGUCUAUUGAUUCCUUCUAUUCCUCUUGUUCCUUCGAUAUUGUAUUGCGUUGCAUGACGUGGGAGUAUUCGGGCGAUUUCAUCCAAAAGACUUGUGGAGAGGAAGAACCUACAUCUGCAUGGCUGCGGUUUUCGUUGUUGCUGGCUGACG